GUCUGAAAAGGUUCUGGGAUUGAUUUCAAUUUUUUUGACUUGUUUCCAAUUCUUUGGAAAUCUAUACAGAAUCUAUUCUCGAGCUGCUAUCAUGUCUGUUACUACUGCUUUGGAACUUGCUCCUGUCACUUUAGACCACGGCAUCUGCUUCCCCUUCAGCUGACAGCCAGCUCUUCCCACUUCCUGAAUGCAGGUCAUGGAACCUUGUCAAGGCCGGACACAGAGUCCCAGUUUGAAACAGGGAGUUCUCUCGGGAAAAUGCCAACUCUUCAGCUUUGGCAGCACAGAAGGUUAAACUCCACCUCAUUCUCCCCCAUGUUCAUUCUACAGGGAACUUUGACCCCUCUUUCCAAGCUCCUGGAAUACAUAAGGUUUGUGACUAGUCACCUUGCAAGUCGUUCUCAGGAUCCAGUCUGGAGACUGCCUGCCUGCCUACAACUUGGGGCCAUGGUUGAGUGAAAAAGCAUUUCUGGAAAGUGUAUUUUGUCAGCAAGAGGGUAACAUUUAUUUAUUUUCUUUCUUUUGACUUGCUAAAAACAAAUGUGCCUGCCUGGUGGUUGUGUGUGCUUGCAGAAAACAUUGCUUUCUUUCAUUGUUUCUGAAUUCUGCCCUUCGAGGGGAUUGGCUUGAAAGCAGUAGGAAUUGGCAAAGAACUGGCUUGAAAGGAACUGAAAACAGGCUGGGCUUUCCGUAUUCAGUUAUCUCCUGGGCUGCUGCUGUUUUGCAAAUUGGUGAAAUGUGGCUUCUGACAUGUUAAGUUUUCAGAAUUGCAGCUUCCAUUGUGAAUAAUUUUAGAAGUCCCUGCUUCUGAGUCUUUGCAGUUGUCAAGCAAGACAUGAUGGUGUAUGGCAAGCUAGUUUCCCCUAAACCCUUGGAAGACAGAGGAAAUCUGGUUGAUAAUGCCAGCAUAACCUCAGCAUUUCAGUGAUUAAAAUGAGGAAACACUUGAAAUACCCAUAGUUUCACCCAAGGUCAGUCCAAGACAUUUUGGCACCUGAGUUGAAGCACAAAAUGGCACCUCCCUGCUGCCAGGGAAAAGGGUACGUGAAGAUCUGCACUGGAAACGGGGGUGGGGGGCAUUCUAAUCAACCUCACCCAAUGGUUGAACUGGGAAUCAAGGUCUGGGGGGGGAGAGCUAUGAAUCAUGCAGGGCAGAUGCAGAGCCCAGGAGAUGCCAGAGGGCAGCCUCCACCAUUUCCUCCCUAGGGGUGGGAGGCCAGCAGCACCUCCUAUUCACCCUGGGAGUUGUAAAGCAGGCGGUGGAUCUGACCUCCAAGGAGCAUGCAGCAACUGUGGUGGCAGCAGCGGCAGGCAGUGCAUACCCUGGAGGCAGGAACUGCUGCCCCUGUGGAUCCUGCCUCCCUAGGCUGUCUCCUCAUAUUGCUUCAUUCCAAACAAAACUGCCUGGACACCCAUUCCCUACAUCACGCAUUAAAGAAGGCUGUUGUUUGUUGCAUGCUGUGCUCAUGUACUCUGCACUAAAGAGGUUCUCUGUUAACUUUAAAAAACAAACAAACCCACAAAGGUGAAUGCAGGAAGCUGCCUUAUCCCAAGUCAGACCAUUAGUUCACCUAACUCAGUAUUGUCUACACUGACUGGCAGCAGCUUCCCAUGGGUGCACAUUCCACUGUGUAUGCUCUUUGAGUUAAAGAUCUACUAGAAAAUCCAUACUUGUUUCUCAGUGUGUUGUCAGCAGUUCAAAAUACACCUUGGCAGCUGCGGGGGUGGGGGAUGGGCAGGCUGUGUUCUGGACGGAUGCCUUACAGUUCAUGUGCAUUAAUUUACAUGUGGGCCUUUCUCCCCAGCCUGGUGCCCUGUAUAAAUCAUAAGAGCCUGCUGGAUCAGGCCAGUGACCCAUUGAGCCCAGCCUCCUGUUCCCACAGUGCUGAAGCAGUUGCCAACUGGAAGCCCACCAGCAAGAUCCUUCAGGUGAGGAAGCAGAGCAGAGCCAUGUGGCUAGUAGCCACGGAUAGCCCUUUCCUCCUCCACAAAUUUCCAGUCCCCUUUUAAAGCCAUCUCAGUUGGUGGCCAUCCCUGUGGGAAGGUGCUCCACAGUUUAGCUCUGUGCUGCAUGAAGAAAUCCUUGUUAGACAUCUCCUGAAUUCAGCUUCACUGGAUGUCCACAGGUUCUAGUGUUAUGGGGGGGGUCUCCAUCUACUGUCUUUAAGCUCUGCAUGAUUUUAAACACUAUUUAUCAUGUUUCCCCUUACUCAUCUUUACUCACAGUCCCCAAAGCUGCAACCUUUCCUCAUAGGGAAAAAGGCUUCAUUUGACCAGUCCCUGGGACAGUCCCUGGCUGGUUUGUUUGUUUGCAGCAGUCCGUUAUAAACUACCAUCCAGUCUAUCUUUCAAAAGAGAGCAACACAUUUUCUGUUUGUAUCAAACUCCAGCAUUACCAAGAAUAUUCACGUUUGAUGGUUCGUGGAGAAUAAGGCUGCUGUGCUCUGCCACCUCACUUGGAGGGAGGCAGCAAUUUUCCUGAAUCCCAGUUGCUGGCAAGUGCAGGAGGGGAGAGUGGUCCUGUGCUUGGCUCCUGCCUGCUGGCUUCCCCUGGGGGCAUCUGCUUGGCCACUGUGAGGACAGGAGGCUGGACCAGAUGGGCCAUUGGCCUGAUCCAGCAGCCUCUUCUCCUGUUCUUAUGGAAGAAAGCAAAUUCUUUUUUUUAAGCUAGCACAGUCCCCCCCCCAAAAAAAAACCCCUCACAUUUUGUUAUUCUGGCAAUAAGCUUUUCUGCCACUUGCAGGGUUUCUUUCUGCUGUCUUUCUCUGACAGAAUAGCCAUUCAAGACUCUGCCACAAGGGAAGCCAAGUUCUCUGGCCAGUGGGUGCAGAGUUUUGAGAACUGGGAAGCAGCCCUUUCAUGCCGGCAUUCCUGUGCACAGAGGGAUCUAUUGUUAGCCCCUAAGCAGAAGGAGCGGCAUCUGGAGGGUGUGCCAGGCUCUCCCGGCUGGAGUGUGGCACACUGACCUAGAAACUCACCAGCCUGCAUGCUUUUGUGCCUUCCAAUCCUAGGGUUGCCAUAUUUCAAAAAGGAAGAACCAGGACACCCCAAAAGUUGUUGAGCUUUUUGGUAAAUCUUCCAAAGAAUAAAAUAAAAUUGGGAUUAAGGAGUUUUCCUGGGAUGGGGGAUGGUGUGUGUGCUUUGUCUUGUUGGUGUAGUAGUGGCAGCACUUGCCCUUCUUCUGAUAGGAAAUGCUCUGUAGUGGCGCACAAAAAAAUGGGGAGGCCAAGGAGGGGCAAGGAAGUGAGAAAAGUCCUUAUUUUAAUCUGAGGAAUGUUGGAGGGGAUGCAAAUAGAGUUACCAAGCCUAGGUAUGGCCACCCAGGAAUGAGUUCUGCUAUGUUUGUUGGGAUUUAAUGCCAGGUGCACAAAGCUGUAGCCAUUUUCUUCCCCCAGGAGAGAAUUUAAGCCCCCCACCAUGCGUGUUGCUGUGAUUGGAGCCGGCAUCAUUGGACUGUCCACAGCCCUCUGCAUCCGUGACCGAUACCACUCAGCAGAUCAGCCCCUGGAAAUAGAGAUCUAUGCCGACCAGUUUACGCCUCACACCACCAGCGACGGGGCAGCGGGUCUUUGGCAGCCAUAUCUCUACGACAAGGGAAACACUCAAGAAACGUAAGACCCCUUUCACUCUACAGGACAGUGGAGUCAGGGUUGGCACUUGGCAGUGGUAGAAAAUGUCACGGGACAUAACAGACAACUUAGAGGGGCAUUUGACAAAACAUCGUUCUCAGUUGGUUGGUUUUGGUUAGUUGAAUUUGUUCUGUGACAACCUGCGAGAAGUGAGCUUGCAGGGAACCAGGCAGAGGGCCUUCUUGGUAGUGGCGCCUGCCCUGUGGAACGUCCUCCCCGCAGAUGUCAAGGCAAUAAGCAACUAUCCUACUUUUAAAAGACAUUUGAAGGCAGUCCUGUUUAGGGACAUUUUUAAUGUCUGAUGCUGUAUUGUUUUUAAUAUUCGGUUGGAUUUCCCCAGCGCAGAGUGGCUGGGGAAAUCCAGCCAGAUAGGCGGGGUAUAAAUAAUAUGAUGAUGAUGAUGAUGAUUAUUAUAUCUAAACAUAUUUGGCCUUUAGCUUAAAAAUGUAUAAAUUACUUCCUUUGGCCUUCCAGACUGCUGUUUCUACACCUUACUUAAUAUAGUGCUCUCUGAUUGCUUUACAUUUUUUUCUGUACACCAUCAGUGACAGGUGCACAAGUUUUGUUAAGCCAAGUUUUGUUAAGCAGGUUGUGUUUGCCAUUAUAUAUUUUUUAUUUGUCUGAGAAAAAUUCCAUAAAAAUCAAUUUAUUUAUAAAAACUGUUGGGUGUAGUGAAGGGUUAACCUUCUGUGUCUCGAGGCUGAGAGGAGGCGCUUACAAGGGAAGUAAGCCAGGACGUGACGAAAGCAGCUUGGAAUGCUGUGAGCUGAGUGAAAAGUGAAAGCAGCUUUGCUACGCAGCUGCUGAGAGAGACAGGUCGCAAAAUGCAACUUCAAUCAGAUGGAUUGUAAAUAUGCUAUUUUUGAGCAAAUAAAGUGCUAUUAGGAAAGAAGAAACGUGUGGGACCUGUUUACUGACUGCCCUUUCUACACGGACGCUGUGCAAUUCUGCUAAUUGCUUUACGACCUGCAGAGGUGCAGGGGAGCGUGCCGGACCAAGAGUAAAGCAAUAAAUCUUAUCCUAACAUGGUUAUGGGUCAACGUGAAGUGUGAGGAAGGGCUUUGAAGUUUUAUCUGCUGAACGUCAGUUUGAUCGACUGCCGGAGACUUCAAAGAGGCAGAUCGGAGGAGGCUGACGGAGGCUGGCAGCCAAGAGCCGUGACGUCCGGAGUUCCCAGUUUGGCUGAGUGAGUACCUUUGGAAAAGCCAACAGAAGGGAGGGCAAUGGCUCAGCCCUGUGAACAUGGCUUUGAGCUUAAGCUGCCAUGUCAGAGACUGACUAGCCAAAAUUGGCUGCAGUGGAGCUUUCAAGUGGAGCUUUUGCUGGUGGGGGGCAGCUGUGGAAUGUAAUUCACCCCACACAGAAUGCAGCUGGGAAAGCAGAGGCUGAUAGGGCUGCAGAGCAAAAUGAAGUGGAGAAGCGUGUGCUUGCUUUUUGGCAGAAAGUGUGGAUGCUCAUCUGGUGCCUGUUGUCCUGGGUGCAAGAAAGCCAGAGGCUGCUUGGCUAGCACUCCAAGAAGCUUGUGGAGCUGGAGUGGGAAGCAAGGGCCGAGAAGUGGCUGCAUCCGAAAGGGAGAGGCAAGAUGGCGCCGGCCACCGAUUCACAGCUGGGAGGAGCUGUGAGCCCCCACAGGGGGGCGAAGGGACUGUUGCUGUUCCUGUUGUUGUUGCUAGCAAUGCUGCUUGUGCUUUUGCUGAGCCUGGGAGCUGUGUGGAUGCUGCAACGUUUCUGUGUGAGGAACCUGAAGUGAGGCCAAGUGUUGGAAGCCCUUUACCCUUCAGAGGGGGUGCAGAAAAACGUCCUGGAGACCCUGUGAGCAGUGGGGGGGCAGUGAGCAGUGAAAGCUCAGAGACGCCUCUUUCUCCAAAAGCUGCCAAGAGUUGUUUACGUCGUGAGUCGGAGCCUGGGAAGCUGAAAAGUGCUAGAGGCUUCAAGGUCAGCCACCUGCAGCAAGUAGAGAUAAGAGCUUCAGAGUUGUGUGGGAACGCCGAGACAAGUCCAGUCUCCAUGGCAACUGAGAGAGUUGCAUCUACGGAAGCUGUCAAGGUCGUGGGCAAGUCUUCCUGCCGGGGGGAGUCUGUUGCCGUGACAACCAGAGAGGACAUCUGCAGAAGCCCCAAGGAGGGGGGUAGUGAGGAGAUUGUUGCCCUGGCGACCCAGGAAUGUAAACAACAAGACUUUCUCACUAUAAUAAUUGACUCUGGUGCCUCAAAUACGUUAGUGCCAUCUGCUGAUCUUUUGAGGAAUUGCAGGACAGUAAAAACUGAGAAGUUUGUUAAGUUUGCAGAUGGGAGCAGAAAAAGGCUAACAGAAACAGGACUGUUCUACUGUUCUUUUCUUAAGCAUGAAGUCAAAGCUUAUGCAGUGCCCGGUUUAACUAACUGUUUGUUAAGUGUGCAUGAUCUAUUGAUUGAUAAUUUUCAAGUUUCUUUUGCAGGUGACAAAUGUGAAUUUUCCAAGGAUGGGAAACACGUGUACACAGUGCAGUCUAAAGAUAAUUUGUUUGCUGUAAAUGUGCCUUUUUCCACAGGAGAGGAUGACACCGAAGAUGCGAAGGGCCAAUGUGUGAAUGUAGCGCCCCACAAUGGUUGUGCACAUAUUUGGCACAGACGCUUCGCUCAUUUAAAUUGGAAAUUUCUCCAAAAAGCACCAGAGCUGACACAAGGAUGCAAAUUUAAUGUUUGUGACAAAUUUCUAGAUUGCAAUGCAUGUAAACAGGCGAAAGUUGUGACAUGCUCAUAUCCAAAGUCAGAGAGGCAGACCACGCAACCCUUUGAAUUAAUUCAUGCAGAUUUGUGUGGGCCCAUGUCUGUUGAGUCACUGGGAGGUUCGAAGUAUUCUUUGCUUUUGAUUGAUGAUUUUUCGAGGUCUGCUUGGACCUUCUCUCUGAAAACGAAAGGGGAGGCGGCUAAAAUGAUCAGGGAUUGGAUCACCGCAGUUGAGGUAACCUUUUCCACCAAAGUUCGUGGUUUUCAAAGUGACAGAGGUGCUGAAUUCACUGGUUCUGCUUUACAGGAUUUCUUUAGGGAGAAGGGGAUUAGCCACAGACUGACCGCUCCUUACUCUCCGCAACAGAAUGGGGUCGCAGAGAGAAAGAACAGGACGGUACAGGAAGCUGUGUCUGCGAUCCUGUGGGACGCAGGGCUACCCCAGAAGUUUUGGUCGGAGGCCUGGAGAUAUGUGGUCCAUACCGAGAACAGAGUGUACAACUCUAGUGUAGGAAAUACACCGUAUUUCUUACUUCAUGGAAGGAAGCCUAACGUACACUACCUUCGUGUGUUUGGUUGUGAGGCUUGGGUGCUUAUUCCAAAGGCUCUACGCAAGAAAGGUGAGCCAAGAUCUAAAAGGAUGAUCUUUGUAGGGUAUGAGCCUGGCUCAAAGGCCUGGAGGUUUGCAUACCCAAGUGGAGACCAGUCUAGGUUGGUUAUCAGCAAUAGCGCUGAGUUCUGUGAGCAAGCUGGUUGGAAACGUCUGCACGCUAAUCCAGACGUGCUUCCACAGCAGUUCUAUGACUCAGACGAGGAGGAGGAGGAACUUGGAGCUGGGGACCACGGUCCAGAGGGACAGAGUCCAAGGCAGGGACAGCUCAGGAUCCCUCAGAGGGGGGAACCUAGAACACCUCCUCAGGCAAGUGUCAAGUUUGAGCCAAAGAGUGAGCCUUCUUCACCUGCUGGACCAGCUGUAAGGCCCAAGAGGCGCAGCAGGUCAGAGGGGGAAGACACUGAAGUUGAGGAUGAUUUAGCUGGACCCAGUGAAGCAGCAGGGUCACCAGGAGUCACACUGAGGAGAUCAGCGAGGACAAGGAGGCCUCCUGAUCGGUACGACGCUUCAGGCGUCUGGGUAGGUUCUGCAAGAUGUGAACCUGAAUCCUUCGAGGAUAUUCAGAGUUUACCUGAGGAAGAAGCAGGCAAGUGGCACAGGGCAAUGGACAAAGAGAUGAAGUCCAUGAAAGAUCUAGGUGUGUUCUCACUCACCGAGUUGCCACCAGGGAAGCAGGCUGUGAGUUCCAGGUGGGUUUACCGCUUGAAACCCACUGGCGCUGGAGAGCCGCAGUAUAAAGCCAGGUUAGUUGCUCGAGGAUUUACUCAGAGGAAGGGAAUACACUUCACGGAGGUGUAUUCGCCAACGUCACGAGCGGAGACUCUGAGAACGCUUUUAGCUUGUGCGGCACAGAGAGGCUGGAAGGUAAACCACUUUGAUGUGGAUGUUGCCUACCUUAACUCAGAUCUCCAGGAGGAGCUGUACAUGAUUCCUCCUCCGGGGUUUGAGAACUCAAGGCAGGAUGUUGUGUGGAGAUUGCACAAAUCCAUCUAUGGAUUACGUCAAUCUGCUAGAAACUGGAACAUGUGCCUGAAUGAAGCUUUGGAGAAGCUAGGUUUCAGGAAGAGUCUUGCUGACAGUUGCCUGUUCCUUAGAGGAUCAGGAGACUCACAGGAGCUGGUGCUGAUUUGGGUUGAUGACGUGCUUUUCGUCUCAGAAACAGAUGAACAGGCGGAGAAGUUUGCCAAAGAGAUAGGUAAACGAUUCAAGCUUAAACAGCUUGGUGCUGUCAAAACCUAUCUAGGUGUCAGUGUUGAGCGUGCACAGGAUGGAAGUUUUUUGCUCAGCCAGAGAGGUAAAAUUGAGCAAUUGCUUCAGAAGUUCAGGAUGAGUGAUUGUGCAGGAGUGAGAAGUCCUAUGGAGACUAGUUUUGUGAAGGACAGCCAGCAAGCAGAACGCGCUGCGUUCGAAAAUACUGAAGUGUUUCAGUCAGCUCUAGGGAGUUUGUUGUACUUGUCCCAGUGGAGCAGACCUGAUAUAGCGUUUGCUGUCAAUCUGCUCAGCAGGGAGGCAUCAAACCCUAGUGUGCAAGCCUGGAAUGGCAUCAAGAGAGUUCUGAGGUAUUUGCAGGAGACCAAAGACUUUUGUCUUAGGUUGCCAGCUCAAGGAGAAGUCAAACUGACUUGCUUUGUGGACUCGGAUUGGGCUAAUCUUGAGGAUCGCAAGUCUGUGUCUGGCCUAGUGGUGAAGUUUGGGAACUCAGUAGUUGGAUGGAGGUCCAAGAAGCAAAGUCUGAUAGCGCUCUCAUCCACUGAGGCUGAGUUUAGUGCUCUUUCAGAGAUGUGCAGAGAAGUAGAGUUCUAUGCUUGUUUGGUGCAGGAACUCUGCGAAGUGGAUUGUCUGCCGAUACGUGUUUUCGAGGACAAUCAACCAUGCCUGCGUUUGGCAGAGUCAGGUCAGUUCAAGGCCAGAACGAAACACCUAGACAUUCGCUUCGGAAUGUGUGCCAAAGUGUUCAGGAGGGAUUAGUUGCGCUGAAGUACUGUCCCUCUGCCAAGAACCUAGCUGAUGGGUUCACGAAGCCACUCACCUUCCAAAGACAUGGGGAGUUUUGUGAAGGUCUGGGUUUGGGACGACCAAGGGUCGAUUCUCCCCUCAGGCGCGAGACAAGAGGGGGUGUUGGGUGUAGUGAAGGGUUAACCUUCUGUGUCUCGAGGCUGAGAGGAGGCGCUUACAAGGGAAGUAAGCCAGGACGUGACGAAAGCAGCUUGGAAUGCUGUGAGCUGAGUGAAAGUGAAAGCAGCUUUGCUACGCAGCUGCUGAGAGAGACAGGUCGCAAAAUGCAACUUGAAUCAGAUGGACUGUAAAUAUGCUAUUUUUGAGCAAAUAAAGUGCUAUUAGGAAAGAAGAAACGUGUGGGACCUGUUUACUGACUGCCCUUUCUACACGGACGCUGUGCAAUUCUGCUAAUUGCUUUACGACCUGCAGAGGUGCAGGGGAGCGUGCCGGACCAAGAGUAAAGCAAUAAAUCUUAUCCUAACAAAAACAAACAAACAUAAGACUAAAAGCUUUGGAUUCCCUGAUACUUGAGGAAUUACAUCUCUUUAUGUUUUCAUCUGAGUAGCUCAUCCUUACACUGAGCCUUGUUGGUUCAGUCUCCCUGCUCUGCCUGUGUGGCUCUUCAGUGAGGACUAAACUGCAGAGAGGCAAAUCUGAACUAAAUAUUCAGAAAAACUUCCCAAGGAUAAGAGCAGUGGAGAGGUUGGUGAGGCCUUCUUUCUGUGAAGGCCUAGACAGGCAGGCAGCAGAAGUAUGCUUCAAGCUGAAGGCAGUCAGCCAUUUUGAAGGGAGUUGGAAGCGUUUCAGUGGGUCAUUGUUUCCCAUGGAUGACUCAUAAGCAGAGCUGGGUUGGGUCAGUGCCUGGAUAGGUGGAGGCCUGGAACCCACACAUAUACGCCUUUGGGAUCCCAAAUGGAAGAGGAGAAAAAGGGAAGAAAAUGAAGGGAAGGAGCCUGGCCUCUUCCCAGAUCCAUGUGUUUCCCUUCCUUUCCCAGUGCAUCUGUGAGAAGCAGACUGGAAGCCAUUUUGGAUUAACCAUGGCUAUGUCAACGUUGUCCAAAAACAAAGAACUGUGGCUAAUCAAACUGUUUUAUGAAUUUGGUUGAAACACAUGGUACUGUAGCUAAGGUUAACCACAGUUUAGAGUCUGAAUGUGAUGCUAAACUGUGGGUAGUUGAAAUCAAAAGCAAAUACUUCCCAACUCCUCCUUGCAGACAUACUGGAGAAGGGGAGGAGAGGGGAAGCAUGCCAGCUUCGGUGGGGGUGGGUUGGACUAAUUCCUGGCACAAUAAACAAUCCACCAUUACAGGAAAGGCAUUGUAUUGGCAUAUUUGUCUUGGGAGAGGCAUUGCAUCGGGAGACUCAUCCAUUCUGUUUUCUGGUAGACCAUCAAGUUGCAGGAAAAUUUACAGUACAAUCCUAGAGUGUGUAAUUGUCUGACUGUAUUAUUUAAUAUGACAGACUCUGGAAUAAAGAGACUUUUGAUUAUCUUCUUCAACACAUUAAUUCACCAGAAGCUGAGGAGAUGGGGUUGUUUCUGCUCUCUGGAUACAAUCUCUUUACACAGCCAGUUCCGGUAAGUAACUGAUGUUAAAUAAGAGCAAUUAUUUCAAAGGAUGUUUGGUCUUCCUCGUAGAAGGAGUUUUGGAGUAUUGCAUAUCCCAUAGAUAAUGGGAGAUUGCUUUCCAUGGCCUAUUUGCAUGACACUCAAUAUGGCUAUUUUUGCAUCACUGCAAAGCAAAGGGGGAAACCCACAACCAAUAGGUGUAGGAACAUGAGGCCAAAUGCAUCUCAGGUGCAUCUCUCUUCGUUAGUAGAAUCUAUUCUAAUUUCUUGAAUGACUUGCUCAAGAAGUGGUGCAUGAAUCACAGUUAAAUGACGCCAUUUGGUACAAAUUAUCAAUUUUCACAGAGAACAAGGUGACUGGACCAGAGCAUCUUAGACAUGUGGACUCUUCCCUCAGUUGCCUUAUAACUGGCACAAUACUUUCUCCUCUGCAGGACCCAUCAUGGAAGAAUAUCGUUUUGGGAUUUAGGACCUUGACACAGAAAGAGCUUGAGCUCUUCCCUGGCUACAGGUAUUGAUCAAUUCUCUCUUCCCUUUAGGUUUUGGGUGUCAUGGUUUGCUUUGUGAGAUAAGGCUGACACUACCUCUCUGGUGGGCUAGGAGGCCAUCUAGAGCAGGACUAAAAUGAGGAGGGGGAGAGGUAAAUUCCAGUGGCAUAAAUGACACUCCCUGGAUGUGACGGCUAUUAUAGAAUCAUAGACUUGCAGAAACCUCCUCCAGCACCUUCCAAGACUAACAGGGAGAGUGCCACUGACCCUCUGACUCCCAGCUCAACAUUCCACUCACCAGAGGCAAGCAGGACAUGCGCUCGAAAGGGUGCAUUGCCACUUGAGGAAGGUGGAUGGGAUGGAUGGAGUCCACCAAGAAAGAGUCGCUUUCCAGCCUCUCUCAACAACGCCCUCUCCACUUUAUGCGAUUUCACAUGUAUGCAUGUAGCCCGGGAACAAAAGCCCUGCAUAAGUGAAGGGACCCCUGUAUUUCAGAUGGUAGCCCAUUGCUAUGUCCUUAUCUUUCAUUUCCCUGGUUUCAGCUAUGGUUGGUUCAACACAGCUCUGAUGCUGGAGGGCAAACGAUAUCUACCCUGGCUUACAAAGAGGUGUGUAUGAUAUUUGCUUUCUUCUCUCUGUUCUGACAAUAUCCAUACUGACCAUGAGAAGGUGCCUUGUCAGAGUUUGACCAUUGGUCUGCCAAGCUCGGUAUUAUCUCUACGCUGACUGGCUCUUCAGUUCCCUCCCAGCCCUACCAGGAGAUGCCCUUGGGAACAGAACAUGGAACCUUCCACAGGCAUAGCAGGUGCUCUACAAGUGCCCUUUGUCUGGAAGAGGCUGCCAGCCAGCCACGGUUCCUGUCAAGAUACUCCAUUCCAUUCCAUUUCUCCUACUCCGGCUGGCUUUUCAGGGUUCCUCUUGCCCUAAUAGUCACCCAGCAUCCAGUGCCAACAGUCAGCCAGCAUGCGGAGACCUCACUGGGCUCUUUCUAGGGAUGUCACCAAAACUGGAGAAGUGUCAGAAUGUUAGCCAUCAGUCACAGUGGCUCGCCCUGUUGUUUACAAGGCAACAUUUGUCUUACAGAUUAAAGCUGCAGAGCGUCAAGUUCUUUCAUCGGAAAAUUGAGUCCUUCCAGGAGGUUAGUUGGGAAUUUAAAUGUAUUCUGGGAGGGGCAUUGAUAAAGGUAUUUCCCUUCUCCACCAGCUGCAGACAGGAUUAGAUAGAGGUGGGGGGAGUCUAUUGUUAGGCUUUAAAUAUUGCUGCAUUUUGAGCAGAACUGGAGCAAGGAAUUUUGGGGAAGGAGAAAGCUUUGAGGUCUGAGGUUUUUCACAGUCCAGUGGUAUACAAAAUUUCAAUAAAUAAAUAAAUUCUGAAUUCCUGCAAGAUUGUAAAAAUCAUAAUAAUAACCCACCCAUAUAUAUGUUUACAUGAACUGUAUUUAAUUUAUUGAAUAACACAAUAUAAAAACAAAUUAGUUAUGAUUCUUGCAUUGCACAGCACAGGUUUCGAUUAGAAUUAGAUGGCCCUUUGGUUCCCUCCCAGCUCUGCCGUUCUAUGCUUCUCUGAAUUAAUGUGGCCCAGUUGCUUCCCUUUACUAAGAUUAGCCAUAACCCUGGAAGGUGGGACCAGCCUUAAAACCUUUCCACCAGUCUGGAGUAGUUUCCCCCUAGCAUCUCCUGUGGUCAUUCCAAUCCUCUCCUGGAGUUUUCUUAAAUACGCUUGGAUAGAAAUAUGUCAGUUAGUGGUAAAAAGCCAUUCUGGAACUUUGGCAUCUUUGACAAAGGUUUACAAAAGACAAAGUUGAAAUUCUUCAAUAUUGCCAAGGGACAAUGUGUCGUCUACAACACAGGUUCAAAGAUGAUAGGAUAUUCCAGACUAGGAGUCCCAAACUUUUCUUUAGCCCUCGGGGCAUAUUUGGAAAUUUUGGAAACUGUUGGUAGCACAACCAAAAACCUUUUUACAAAAGAAAAACCAGCAAUGUUCAGAUGCGACCCCCCCCCUGUGAAGCGCCUGUGCUCCCCACUCAACACCUCCUUUAAAUUAUAAACAUUGGAAGGGUAGGGGGCAUUGGCAGGUGCCAAGGGUUAUAUCUGAGGGUUCCAUGGAGUCCUUCGGAACCACGUUGGGAAACCACUUUGAGACACUAGACCAGCCUUGGGUCCCAGCUAAUGUUGGACUACAACUCCUCCCAUCAGCCUCAGCCAGCAUGGCCCAGUGGUCAGGGAUGAUGGGAAUUGUAGUCCAACAAUACACACCACACAUCAUGAUGCCACUUUAAACAGACAUGGCUUCCCCCAAAGAAUUAUGGGACCUGUGGUUUGUUAAGCGUACUGAGACGUGUGAAGAGGCCCCUCUUCCUCUCCCGGAGCUACAUGGAUGCUUGAGCUGAGAUUCCUGCAUUGCAGGGGGGUGGACUAGAUGAACAUUGGGGUCCCUUCCAUUUCUACAACUCUAAGAUUCUAUGACUCCCAGAGCGAUUUAACAAUCAAUCCCUCUUCACAGGGAACCGUAUAGCUCUGGAGGUUUCAUAGCAACUCUCAGCAUCCUUAACACACUACAGUUCCCAGAGUUCCUUGGGGGAAGCCUUGAUUAUUUAAAGUGACAACCUAGUGCUCUGAAUGCUUGGUGUGACUGUAAGCCCAGACAUCCCGGUGGCGAUCACACAGGGUCCCUGGAUGUUUCACCGUCUAUUGAUCCCUGUGCCACCACUUUAUUUCUCGCUGCCACCACCCAGGCCCUACCUGGUACAAUACUGAGUCCCGUCAGGGUUACAUUGGAACAUAAACUUCUGUUAUUUAUUGCAGUUUAACAAGCGUGUGUGGUUUCAUAAACGGUAUCGGUCCAUUACAAUCAUGGGUGCCUAUCCAGACCUAUAACUUCCGCUACCUACUCUCACUCACUAAACCACCUCUCAGAUAUUUACUUGUCUUCCUAGCUCCUAACUGUUCCUGACUCAGCUUAUUUCACUACACUAACUCAACCUGCCCCCAGACUCUAUCCCAAUUCACUCCCACUCCAACCAACCUCCCAACCUUCCACCCCUCCCAGAGCUGGUUUUAUAGUUCCUCUGACUCCACCCCCCUGGGUUUUGAUUGGGUAACCUGUUUAACUAUUUCACCUCCAGCACUCUCAUAUGUUAACAUCACAACCCCCAACCACCUGCCCUCUCUCUAGAUAUUUCUGGAGUAUGGCUCCAAUAAUUCCUGCCCUGCUUUAGGCAGAUAUGGUGGACUUUCCAAACCAUUUUUUGCUAAGCAGGACAGAAAACCAGGGUGGCCAACCUCUGGCCUUCCAUAUGUUUUUGGAUUCCAGUUCCCAUUUGCCUUCAGAGACAGUAACACCACAAAUCUGUCUUUUGCUUAGUUGAUGGCUGAAGGUGUGGACAUCAUCAUCAACUGCACAGGGGUUCGUGCUGGGGAGCUACAAGCUGACCCUGAGUUAUGCCCGGGCCGGGGGCAAGUCAUCAAGGUGAGGCCAGGCUUUCCAGGAUUCUUUUGGCUGCCUUGCAAGAAGGGAAGAAGCUGCCUGUCUACCUGCAGUCCUGGUGGGGCUAUGAUGGGGUUGAUGGGUCAGCAAAUCCGUGACAUUGCUCAAGCUGAGGAUCCAGACCAGAGUCAGGAGUUUUAUACGGCAAGGUGGGGCUUGAUUUGUUCCUCAGGUCACCUGAUUCCUGCUGGGGUGAAUGCAGCAAUACCCCCUUGCUGUUGCCUCUGCUUGUUUUGGCUCUCUAGGUUGAGGCCCCCUGGGUGAAGCAUUUCAUCAUCACCCAUGAUGUUGAGACUGAGAUCUACAACACACCUUACAUCAUACCUGGGUAAGGAAAACAUAACUGACUAUGACAGAAUGUCGUCUUCCCCAAUUGGAUGCCUUCCAGAUGUUUGCUCCUCCAGCUCCCAUCAGGCCCUGCCAGUGUGCUGCUGAGUUGUACUGCAAAACAUCUGGAGGACUCCUCGUUGGGGAAGCCCAAUGGCAUUUGUGUUGUGAACCCAAAUAAAUGCUUGCUCAGGGUUGGGGAAUCUCAAGCCCAGUCUGGGUGCAGCCUUCCAGGCCUCUUUGGUGCUUAGGACCCUUCUUGCUCUGCUCCCUCACUUCACACCAUCUGCAGGCCCCCACCUCAAGCGCUUUAACCUGCUUGGAUGUGUCCUUCCACUGGGGCAAUGCUGCUUGCUUGCCUGGAGGGAGGGAGGGGCAUGUGAGGUGCCGGGUGCAGAGAUUUCUGGAAUGUAGCCUAAUGUACAAAGAUAAGUGUCACAUCUCGCCCACUUUUGCCUUUGUGGGGAUGGACAGAUCUGUCCUUCCGAGUCCUCUCAGUUUCUAAUUUUUCCAGCCUUGGAUUAAGUAGUCCACAUUUCUGCAGCAAUGUCUGAUUUUUUGAUUUUUUUUAAUCCUCACAAAAAUUCUUCAGCUUUUUAUGUGCAAAUUUCUCCUAAUUAACACUUUUUUCAUUAGGGAUAGAAGGAGCUGUCCAUUUCAGUUCUCUCUCUUUCUGGUUUUGCUAAUCAUAAAUUCAGUUCACAUUUUGCAAUUUUAAAAAAGCCUUCAUGAAAAUUAUUCAGCAUUUUACAUGUAGAUUUCUGCUAACAAACACAUUUUUAUCUGUAGUUUUGACUCAUGUACACGUUUUUGCAAACUCUUUCCCCUCAUAUGGUGCAUUUUUGCAUGUUAUUUUCACAAUAUAUUCAUUUCUAUGCACACUGUCACCUAAUAAACGCAUUUCUGCAAGCAUUUGCUGGAGAACUGCAUUGCAAGAUUCAGUUAAGUGCAAAUUUCGAAGGAUGACUGUGCUUUAGUUCUCAUAUUGUUUCAGAAAGUGCAGAUUUGAUACAUUCAGGAUUAAAUGCAAACAGAAUUGAAAUUCUCCCUCAACCCCAGCCUCCAAUCACUACUGGAAUGCGGCCCCUAAGAGGGUGAUGUGGCCUUUGGGCUGAAACAUUUCCACCCCCUGUGCUUUAUGUGAUUUCUUAACUCUUGUUCGCUUGGCCAUUUCAGGAUCUGUUGCCCAUCCCAACCCACAACACACAGAGGUAACAGAUAGGACAGCAAUCAUGGGUCACAUCCACACCAUGCAUUUAAAGUGCAUGGCUUCCCCUAAAGAAUCACGAACUGUAGUUGUUGUCCCCGUCCCCCCCAAAGCUACAACCCCCAUACAAAUGACAGUUCCCAGGAUUCCUUGGAAGAAACCAUGUACUUUAAAUGGUGUGGAUGUGGCAUAAAUGAUCACAGGCCCAAAGAGCAUCUCCUUGGGGCCUCUGGCCAUCCUGGAGCCCUGGGACGUUCGUGGUGUGAUGCACACAAGCAUUGCUUGGGAGACUCAGAGCGUCACUUCUCCCACAGGGAAAAAGGAGCAGGAGCAGGAUGCUGACACCAAAUGCAAUAGACUGCCAUUGUGGCUUGGCAGUAGCCAGCCUGGCACACUUGUGUGACCCUUGCUUGACACCAUUUCUUCCAAGCUGGCUUAGGGCCGAUUCCACACACACACGCUGCCACUUCCCUUUCUGUUUCUGCUGUAGGAGCAACGCAGUGACAUUGGGAGGAAUAUUUCAGCUGGGAAACUGGAGUCAAGAGAACAGCCCCCAGGACCACCAGCGCAUUUGGCAAGGGUGCUGUGAGCUGCUUCCUAGCCUCCAGGUACAGUGACCAGCGUGGGGACUGAGCAGGCCGUUGUGCUCUUCCUUCCCUGCACACAGGGGGAAGUUCCGGGCGCAGCACAACCUGCUUUGAGUUUCCCUUGGGUUAAAGGAGUUCCUUUAUUUACUUUUUGAAAUAAUUUUUAUUUGAUUUUACAAAUUCAUUCGCACAAGUAAUAUUAUCAAAGACAUUAACAUUUACACAAGAUUCUUCCGAAUCUCAAGUCUUCCCUCCUCACCUCCAUGGGUUCUUUAAAUAACUUUUUAAACUGCAUAUUAUAAGUCCAUCUAAUUUACCAUCCUCCAUUGUAUCCAAAAUCUUGUAUCACUGCAAGAGUUAUUUAAAGCCUGCCAAAGAGUUCAAGUGUUUACAGUGGUCUUUCAAGUACAAUAUAUAUUUAUCCCAUUCUUUGUUGAAGUUUUGAUCCUCCUUGUGAGGAAUGUGUGUGGUUGUUCACAAACAGCCAGGACUCUGACCUGUCUUUUACAGGUUUUAUUGAGUGCAAACUAUGUAGAGUGCAGAAGUCCAAAAUCCAUGUCUGCCUCAAUCACUAGCAGAUUCCAGAAGUGGUUUCUUCCGGUUUGCCUUCCAGCACAAAAGCCCGGAGAAAACCCCCUCUCCGCCUCUUUUCCUUACGUUUAUUCCCCUGGCGAAAACAACUCCUUGGGAGCCGCGUUGUGGCUCAUCUCAGGCUGAGUGAGCCUUUGCAACCCCCCCCUUCUUUCUUCAUCCAUUUCACCAGACCCUGACGAGGUGCAGCUGCUCAACAAAGGGGGAGGCUCUCUGGACGUUCCUGCCUCUCUCCCCUCCCUUGAUGGCAGCCCCUGACACUCCUGAGUUCUGAUUUUCCCUGGUUAAUCUUGCCCUCUCUGCAUAGUCCAAUAAUUUCAUCUGCCAGUCCGCCCUAGUAGAUAUCUUGUCAUCUUUCAAACUCUGGGUAAGAAGCAUCUUUGCUGCUGUUGUAGCAUACAUAAAGUCUUUUCAGUUUCUUCAGUAUCUCUGCACCUACAAUUCCUAACAAAAAGGUUUCUGUUUUUUUUAACAAAAGUUAUUUUAAACAUUUUUUUUCAAUUCAUUUUAUAUCAUUUCCCAGAAUUCCUUUACAAUUCCACCACAUAUGAUAAAAGGUGCCUUCCUUUUCCUUACAUUUCCAACAAACAUUUGAACUUGUCCUAUACAUUUUUGCUAAUUUACUUGGGGUUAAAUAUCAGCAAUACAUCAUUUUCAUAUAAUUUUCUGUUAAAGUAUAACACAUAAAUUUCAAAUCCUCUCUCCAUAGUCUUUCCCAGUGCUUUUUUGUGGGGGGAUGCAAGAGUAUGUCCAUUUACUGUAUUUAUUUUUCCUGAUUUGAACUAUAAAAUGGUGAUUUUCUUGAGUCAAAAUGAGAGCACCCCUAAACAUUAUUUUAAAGAAGAAAGCACUGGUUUCCCAUGCUGCAAACUGUAUAUUAUACCCAAAAUCUCUUGCUCUGGGUUAAAAGAGUUCCUGGUGGCUUAAAGAGUUUGUACCAUGUUUGCACAGACAAGUAAUGUAUAAAUGGAAGCCAGUGGCAGGAAAUGCCUAUCUGGUGGCAGACCUAUUUCAUAACAUUUGUAUACAGCUUGAUUGUUAAAAAACAGCAACCACAAAGAAUAAAACAAUGAAAUUGUUAGUAAAAAGUUAUUACUGUUAUUAAAAAAAAUUAAAACCAACAAUAAGUUAAAAAGUAAAUUAAAGCACAGGUCAACAUUCUCAUAGCUCAGUCUCACUGUGCCUCUCACUGUGUGUUUAAGGGUCUCUUGGCUUAUUUCCACCUCUAGAAUAGAUCGCAUGGAGUCUGCAGAGGAGGGCUUUUCACAUUUAGGGUUCUGUCACUGAAAUUGCCUGGAUGAAGGGUGGUAUAUAAAUUUAAUAAAUAAUAAUGAUAAUUUGUCCAUCCCUAGGCAUUAAAGCAUCAUAUUGGAGCUCUCAGGGGGAUGAGGGGUUGUGUGAACCCUGUUAGGAUGCUGGAAGCAAAGCUCUAUGAGGAAGAGAAGCAGAAUUUGUUGCUAUCUCUCUCUCCUCCCCCCCCACCUUUUUUUUUUUUUUUGGCUGGGUUUCUAUAUUCAUCAUGAUUCUGGCAGGCAGGAAUUCAGCCGGUGGGGAAGAGUUCCUUUCAAUAUUGCUGUUGGAGUGUUUGCAGUUACUGAUAGCUUCCAUUUGAUAAUUGUAGUGCUUUGCAGUCAUUUCUGCACCAGGUAAAGUAAUUUUUAGCUCCUCCCAUUCCCCCCACCUGCCUUUAUUUUGUCUGCCCCGUCCUGCACUUUCCCCAACCCAAGGUGGCAUCCCUAGAUCUCAGACAGGGCUGUGCCCAAGCCUGUGGCCCGGGAAUGGGGGACCCGCAGGGGCCCUCCAGAUGUUGCUGAACUGCAACUCCCAUCACCCUUGACCAGUGAUGGCCGAACCUGGCCCUCCAGCUGUUUCUGGACAUCAACUCCCAUCAUCCCUAGCUAACAGGACCAGUGGUCAGGGAUGAUGGGAACUGUGGUCCCAAAACAGCUGGAGGGCCACGUUUGGCCAUCACUGCCCUUGAUGGCAGGCUGGCUGGCGCUGAUGGGGAGGGGAGCUGCAGCUUCCUAACCUUGAGCUGGAGUUGCAACACCCCAGUCUUCUACCACAGGAAGAUUCAGUAUAAGCACUGGCAAAGUGGAUUGCUGUCCCUACUUCCCAUGUUUUCUUACAAUUGCCUGCUCUGAAUAACCAUGCAUGUUGCUGCUUCCAGAAAGCCAAAAUCAUCCAUGAAUGGAGCGGUCAUCGUCCCGUACGGCCAAGAGUCCGAUUAGAACACCAGGCUGUUCGCCAUGGGAUGUUACAAUCAGAGGUGGGUAACUUUCCGUAUGCAUGGUGUGAAUUGAUUUGUGGAACAGGAUCAGGCCUUGCAUGGUAUCUCACACAUGCUGAGGCUAGGACUCUCAUAUAUCCUUGUGGGGGGUGUGUGUUACUCUAAGGCUGCAGUCCUGUGUACGAGUAAGCUAGCCCUACUGAAAUUUAGUGAAACAAAAUGCAUUUCUCUGUGUGUUUGAUGCGUGGAUGGUGCAUUAAUUGACUCUGACAUUCAGUUGCCGUAGGAAGUAAUGUUUUCCUUCCUGCUGUUUUCCUUGGUGAAGUAGCUCUCUUCUUGCCUUUUCCUUCUCUCGCAGGUGAUCCACAACUAUGGCCAUGGUGGCUUUGGGCUCACCAUCCACUGGGGUUGUGCCAUGGAGGUAGCCCAUUUGUUUGGGAAGAUUCUAGAAGACAAGAGGUUGGCCAAGCCACCCCAUGCCAACCUCUGAGCACGUGGCAACAGUUCAGGCCACUUCGCUGACUUUUACUUGCAGGAUGGAUCUGCCUUUGCAGGAUUAAGGAGCCUAGUUUUUAACUGUUUUCAUAGAUUGUUUUGCUUUGUUUUUCUUGUAUUGCUUUGUUCUUCUUGUAAACUUCUUGGAGUCUCCCCACCCUCUUACAAUCAAUUGGUAUAUAAAUUAUAUGAAAUAAAGAAAUAAUACUCUUAAAGAUU